AAGGCCCUUCCAGAUCUGCACCUGGGCUCUCUCCCGUGUGAGAAUGCUCCUCCGUCAAGUGUCAGCAACUCGAAAACCUGUCUCUGACAGGAAUGUCGACUGGCAACUUUCAUAGGUCGUUGAGGGCCAAUCAAGCCUUCAAAACCAGUUCUCAAUCAAUAAAACAGGAUCUCGAAGCACACAAUAUCCGCUACUUCCGACCGACUGAAGAAACUUCCAGGUGUGUUGGUUGAUCUUAAUCUUCAACACAAAUUUCUCGUCUUCUCGUUUCUGUCUUCGAAGUCGUUCUCGACACAAAAGGAUCAUUGAGCCACAAGUUUCUUUAAUCGAGAGCUCGCGUCCCAUUCAAAGUCCACGCAAUCGAUUUGCGUGACGGGGUUACGGUUGAAGGAGUUCCAUUCCCAACGUAAUCUUGCGCUCAAGAUCUUGUCAAUUGAUUCCUUCUCUGGUGAUUUUUUGUAGAGACAGGGUACGUGCUGCAGCCCCAAUCCAGGCUCGGUCCACGGCCAUCUAACUUGGAUCCACCGUUUGUUGCUUCUUCUUUGAGCCCGUGUUCCGUGUUUUGAUGGCGUUUCGGGAAGGAACAUGAGGAAGCGAUGAUAGACUAGUGGUUUCCUCUGUCUGAUCUGACUUGACGGUGGUGCUAGUUCGUUUGGCCGAAACUACUACGCACCACAGACUGUACGUAGAUAGAGGAGGAAGGAUCCAAUCCACCGCGAGUUUCUCAUUUCCGCCGAUGACGACAGUGCCAAAUUUUAUGCAAAUAUGGUGACUUAAUGUACAGUGCAGUGAGAUUGGGGCAAUGAUUAUUUCCAGGAAAUUCGACUGAAAAAAUACAAGGUGCUAAACGAAGAGUUGACACGGAUAGGGAUGAAAAUUACAUUCUCGAGCCAAGAAUCAAGGAAUCUCAGUUUUUGAGGGUGAAUCAGAUUCUCACAUUAGAACUUGCCAUCAACCUUGGUGAGCAGAGCUGAUCAUUUCUGAGUCUACGUAAAUUGGUUGAGUAUGAAACUGUGGUAAUUCCACGUCAAUGUAUUGUGGAUCAUCGGUGUCUGUUCUUCUGGAGCUGUUCAAAAGCCUUCAUUCUAUCUUGUUUUUGGGUCUGGUUCCAUCAAAUGAGUGAUCCGGAGCGGACCAGACUUGGAGCUGGUUUGGCCGUUACACGAACGACUAGAGGGCGAAUCCAACCCGCAUGGCAACCGUUCCAGAUUCCGACAUCAAUACCAUCAGUGUAAUUGCUCGCUCUGCGGCUAGUGAUCCUCGACCGUCAGGCUCAGGCACCUAUCGUUUACCUACCAUCAAAAACGCACGUUCCCGAAACAUGAACGGCAAUCGAGCCCCACCAAUCACCACUGACUCUUCCAAAAAAGGGGAGAAGGACGGAUCCACGGGAGUUAUGGUCGACAUGAAGGCUUGCAAUGCGUUUGCAUCGGCUGCCCGUAGUGCGCGAGCCGCCUCGGCUUUGGCGAAGAAGCCUCGAAUCCAAAAUGAGGUGAAGUCCUUUACCCGUGAAUCUCUCGAGAAGAUCAAUCUUCGGACGAGCAAUCUCAUUCGUGACUACGGGUUUCUUCCUAAGAGAAGUCCUAAUCUCCAAGAUGGAGCACAGUUGCCGGCUAAAUAUGAGCCUUUCCCAGCUGAGCUUUUGGGUAAACCGGUGGAAGAGCUGGAUCAGUAUGUCUAUGAGAAGAGCUUCUGUGUUGUCUCCAGGAGGUUUCAAAAGCACUACGUUCAGCGAUUCAAUGCCACUCGCUCACUGUUUUUAUUCCACCCAUGGAACAAGCUUCGAACUGCCGCCAUCUACAUUUGCACCAACCAAUAUUUCGACUACAUUGUGAUGCUUACAAUUCUAGUAAAUUGUAUUUUCUUGGCUAUGACUCACCCCAUUGACGAAGCAGAAUAUAUAUUUCUGGUCAUCUACACCUUCGAAAUGGCCAUCAAGUGUGUGGCCCGAGGAUUCAUCCUGAACAAUUACACUUAUCUUCGAAACCCCUGGAACUGGUUGGACUUCACUGUGAUCUUCUCUGGAUACCUCACCUCUUUCAUCGAAAUGGGCAAUUUGGCCGGACUGAGAACCUUCCGCGUCCUUCGAGCCCUCAAAACAGUCUCUAUCAUGCCAAGUUUGAAGACCAUCAUCAAUGCGCUCCUGAACGCUGUCAAGCAGCUGGCCGAGGUCAUGACGUUGACCAUAUUCUGUUUGAUGGUUUUCGCACUCUUCGCCCUCCAAGUCUACAUGGGUCAACUCCGAAACAAAUGUGUUCAAGACUGGAGCGGGGAAGACGCAGGCAAUUGGACAGAAUGGAUCUUGGACCCGAAUCAUUGGCAUUAUAAUAGCCGAGGUCCUGAACUCUGUGGUAAUUCAAGUGGGGCGAGGAACUGUCCCCAUGGCUACGUGUGUCUUCCAAACGUGGGGGGAAACCCUAAUUUUGGCUAUACGAGCUUUGAUAAUCUACUCUGGUCUAUGCUCACAACUUUCCAACUCAUCACAUUGGAUUACUGGGAAAAUGUCUAUAACAUGAUUGUGGCCACCGGUGGACCCAUCCAUGUGAUCUUUUUUACCAUUGUUGUGUUCUUUGGCUCUUUCUACCUCAUCAAUCUGAUGCUGGCUGUCGUGGCAAUGAGCUACGAAGAGGAAGCAGAGGCCAAUAGUGCUGAACGUGCCAAAGAAGCUGAGGAGGCUGCUGCCAACGCCACUCGUGCUCCACUCGAAGAAGAAUGCACAAUUCGGACGAAUCCGCCUGCACAAGCUCACAAAAUCCGGGGUGCCCCGGGCUUAGGCGUAAGCAUAUCCGAGGAUAUGUGCGGCAACUGCCAGAAGAAGGCCAGUUUAGAGAUCCUACCUCAAUCAGGAAGCUUUGACCAAGACCACCUUCGCUUUGGUAAUGGGUUGAGCGAUCAUGAGCUUGGCGGCCCCCACGGUUCUAAUGGGGCCAGCUGCUCCGGUGGUGGAGGGAAUUUAGGAGGGCGGGACAGCCAUCCGGCGAGUAGCGGCGUCUUGUACCCAUCCCUGAGCAGCCGGAAAUCUGACAAGCCUUACGUUGUGAUAAAGGCCAAACAAGUGGGCAAUGAAAUUCGAUCGGUGGACUUGGAACAACACCAUGGGAACGGAGAUCCAACUUUUCUCAAGUACCCAGCACGUGAAAGGGCUCGAGGUCAUCCACGAUCCAGUUACGAUGUGAAACUCAAUUUGCAAGUGCCUCUAGACCCCUCAUUGCCCAACUCGCCCUGUAGCGACGAUCCCAGGAAUCUUCUCUCCCCUCCAAUGCUGGAGCAGUCCCAAUUUGAUCAAUCAAGUCUGUCCAAUUAUUCAUCAGCCGGUGAAUCCAUCCGUUCUUCCAUAAAUGACUCUGGUGUGUUCAACGAUGAUCAAAGUAUGGCCGAGGACAAGUUACGACUUCAGAUGCCUUUCAACAACGACAAAGGUGAAAUCAUCAAUUGUGGGAAUGUCAAACGACCGAGUAAGAUUGACAUUCCAUUCGUUGUCUCCAUAGAAACCACAAGUGACCGCAAUUGUCCGGGUUGUCGUAAAUUUUGCCUCGGCUACAGCUUUUGGUUGCGCUUCCAAAACACCCUGUUUGUGAUAGUCCAUGACAUGUUGUUUGAUGCCACCGUAACGCUUUGUAUCAUUCUGAACACGGCUUUCUUGGCAGCCGAACAUCAUGGCAUGAGCGAGGACCUCAAGCAUAUUCUCGAUAUAGGAAACAAGGUUUUUACCUCCUUCUUUACCCUCGAGGCUGUCCUGAAGCUUCUGGCCCUCAGCAAGGAAUACUUUGCCUCCGGAUGGAACAUUUUCGAUCUAGUCAUCGUCAUAGGCAGUCUCAUUGACUUAUCUGUCGAGAGUGUCAACGGAAUCUCGGUGCUUCGGGGCAUGAGAUUGAUGAGGGUCCUCAAACUGGCUCAAUCUUGGACCACCAUGAAAGUGCUUUUAAGUAUCAUCAUAUCAACACUUGGAGCAUUGGGCAACCUUACCUUUCUUCUCAUCAUAGUCAUCUAUAUAUUUGCCGUUUUGGGCAUGCAACUCUUCGGAAAGACCUACACCAAAGAAAAUUUCUAUCCCGAUCCAGUCCCAAGAUGGAAUUUCACGGAUUUUUUCCACUCUUUCAUGAUGAUUUUCCGAAUACUCUGUGGAGAAUGGGUCGAACCCUUAUGGGACUGUAUGAGGGCUGAAGCCAAAGUGGGCGUAGCCGAGUCGUGCUUGGCCAUUUUUCUUCCUGCUCUUGUGAUGGGCAACUUCAUGGUUUUGAAUCUAUUCUUGGCUCUUUUGCUCAACAGCUUCAACUGCGAGGAGCUCAAAUCCCGGAAAGAGGAAGUCAAGGGUGAGAGCGGCUCCAUCGUGGCCAGCAAGCUCAGUAAGUUGAAACGAAAGGUCAUCCGACGGAAGCCCAAAUCGCUGGAAGUGGCCUCCAAGAAGUUCACCUCCAAUGGGUCCCUGUUAUCUCACAACGGCCUCAAGGCGGCCUACUCCGAACCUGACAUGGGCACACGGAUCAAAGCCGUGUCUGGCCUCGUUGAACUUGGACAUUCCCUCGAAGGCCAAAGCAAAAGUCUGACCUUCGAAGAGGGGCUCAAGGACCUUGACGAAAAGGACGAGGAGGCCUCUCAGGACGGUCAGAAAUCCUCCGAACCUGAACCGUGUUGUCCCGAAGUCUGUUCCAGGCUAUUUGCUUGGGCCACCUGCUUGGACGACACUUGGAUCAUACACUCUUGGGAUCGGAUCCGUCAAGUGAUUCACGACAUUGUGGACAAUCCAUUCUUUGAAUGGACCAUUCUCCUGCUCAUUUUCGCCUCGAGCUUAUCGCUGUGUUUCGAGGACAUCAACUUGCAAGACAAUGCCGAGCUGAUGUUUAUCCUCAAGAUUGUGAACCUCGUCUUCGCAGUUCUAUUCACAAUUGAGAUGUUUCUCAAAUGGAUCGCAUUCGGCCUUUGGCGUUAUUUCACGAGCAUGUGGACCUGUCUCGAUUUUGUGAUAGUGUGUGUUUCAAUCCUGAGCUUGGCCAUAGAAGGUAGUGCCAACUUGACUGCUCUACGUUCCCUCAGAACUCUUCGAGCCUUGAGGCCUUUACGCGCCAUAUCCAGAUGGCAGGGAAUGAAGAUCGUUGUGAAUGCACUCAUGUAUGCCAUCCCGUCCAUCUUCAACGUCUUACUGGUUUGCCUCGUGUUUUGGUUGAUCUUUUCCAUUAUGGGGGUUCAGUUCUUCGGCGGGAAGUUCCAUAAAUGCGUGGAUGAGUUUGAGGAGCGCCUGCCCAUCACUGUCACCAAUGACAUGUGGGAAUGUUGGGAGAAGAAUUACACCUGGGUCAAUUCCAAGAUCAACUUUGAUCACGUAGGGCAUGCCUACUUGGCCCUCUUCCAAGUGGCCACUUUUGAAGGGUGGAUGGAGGUCAUGGCUGAUGCUGUCGAUGCCCGGGAAGUUAACCAGCAGCCUCAAUGGGAGGCCAGCAUAUACAACUACUUUUACUUCAUUAUCUUCAUCGUGUGUGGAUCAUUCUUCACCUUGAACUUGUUCAUUGGUGUCAUCAUUGACAAUUUCAACAUGCUCAAGAAAAAGUAUGAAGGUGGAGUGCUGGAGAUGUUCUUGACCGAGUCGCAGAAGAAUUACUACACCGCCAUGAAGAAAUUGGGCAGGAAGAAACCGCAAAAAGUCAUCCGCAGACCCACCAAUGAGAUUCAUGCCAUAUUCUAUGAUAUAUCAUUAUCCAGAAGGUUCGAAAUUGCCAUUUUCGUCCUGAUCUUUUUGAACAUGGUCAGCAUGGGCAUCGAACACUACAACCAAUCUCGGGUGAUCACGUUCACCCUCGAAAUCUGCAACGCGCUCUUCACCACAAUCUUUAGUCUGGAGGCAAUUGUGAAAAUCAUUGGGCUUCGGUUCCAAUACUUUACGGCGGGAUGGAAUAUCUUUGACUUUGUAUUAGUCAUAGCCAGCGUGAUUGGCAUUGUCAUGGAAGAUAUGAUGACGGAUUUCCCUGUAUCGCCCACUUUGUUGAGGGUGGUUCGAGUCUUCCGAAUUGGUCGAAUCCUUCGACUCAUUAAGGCUGCGAAAGGCAUAAGAAAACUAUUAUUUGCCUUGAUGGUUUCUCUGCCUGCUCUAUUCAACAUUGGAGCUCUCUUGGCACUCAUCACUUUCAUCUAUGCCAUCAUUGGAAUGACUCUUUUUGGCCAUGUCAAGCAUAACGGAGCUCUCAAUGAUCAAGUAAACUUCGAGACCUUUGGCCGAUCCAUGUCCUUGCUAUUCAGGCUUGUCACUUCGGCCGGAUGGAACGAUGUCUUGGAACCGUUGUUAGUGACCCCUCCGGAUUGUGAGCCGAAUUACAAGGGUCUACCAAACGGAAAUUGUGGCCAUCCGUUUGUGGCCAUUGUCUAUUUUGUUUCUUUUAUCAUCAUCAACUUCAUGAUCGUCAUCAACAUGUAUAUCGCCAUCAUCCUGGAGAACUUUAAUCAAGCUCAUCAAGAAGAAGAAAUCGGCAUUGUCGAGGAAGAUCUGGAGAUGUUUUACACCAAAUGGUCCAAAUACGAUCCGCACGCCACACAAUUCAUCAACUUCAACCAAAUGUCAGAUUUCAUUGCGAGUCUGGAUUCUCCCCUGGGAAUCCCCAAGCCCAACACCCUUGCUCUGGUCAGUUUUGAUCUUCCCAUCGCCAAAGGGGACAAGAUUCAUUGCUUGGACGUCCUCCAUUCGUUAACCAAACACACGCUCGGGUUUGUGGAUGAUGGAUCAGAGGACUUCGGUAAAUUGGCUUCACAGAUGGAUGACAAAUUCAAGAAACAAUUUCCCACCCGCAAGGAAUUGGAGAUUGUUUCUUCCACCCGAGAGUGGAAGAAACUGGAUAACGCCGCUAGAAUAUUGCAACGCAUGUUCAAAGAAAUCAGACGGGCCCGGAUAACUGGAGAGAAAGUCAACAUUCACACUCAAACCCGAUUGGUGAAGAAACCACCUCCUCAAGGUGGGGGCGAAAAUGCCGCCCGGACCUUGUAUCAAGAGUCUGAUAUCGAUUGGAAAACGCACUCCCUCCCCUCGUUGGGCCGACUCAGUGGGGACAACACAUUGGAGUCCUCCGGAGAUGAUUACGCCAUCAGAAGGAGCGUUCGAAGAACCAGACGGAACAAUAACAAGAAGGACCAAGCUCUCCGAUCGCAAUCCAUGGUGGUGACUGAUGAGGAUGAUCUCAACGACGAGACCGAAGAGACCCAUGGUAGCGAGGAGAUGGAUCGCUUCAGCGGGUAUUCAGACCAAUAUCAGCAAAGCUCGUCGGCCAGGAGAUCAAUUCAACGGGACAGACAGCCCGUGCCUGACACAUAUCAAUCCCAACAUUGGGCCCCUCACCAAGCUCAACCACACUCUCAUGGAGCCAUUGAACCCACUCAGGAGUCGCUCAUCAUCCUUCAAUCCUUUGCUGAAGAGCCUCCACCGGAGUUGGCUCAAAAUCCUCGCCAAUCUCGAACUUCGUUGGAAGAGUAUUCCGAGCCAGCUCCCCCACCUUCUGGAGACGAGCUCUCCACUCAUUUGGAAAAUCAAAGAUACAAACACCGUAGAAACCCCUCAACAGGGAGCUACCAUUUUCCUCCUCGAUUACCGCAUCCUUCCGAUGAUAGACCACAGGCCCGUCAAAGAUAUAGCUAUUCAGAUUAUCAGCAACUAGAUCUCGAGCUACAACAUGGUUCUUUCGGGAUGUCCCAUCAUGUCAGGCACCAUAGAGAAUUACCCACGACACCGCUUCAACCUUCAGCGUUGUUUCAAAACAUGCAACCCAAUUCUCCCAAUCCCGGUAUUGUCGGACCAAUUGUUACAGCUAAAACCGCCGGGCCUAGCAUAGUUCAGUAUGAUCCCGGAUAUCUCUGUGAGCCCGCGCAUCUUCGCUCGGGCGCGCAGGAUUCGGGUUAUCACGGUAGUGUCAGAGAAUACCCUCAAACCAAAGUACCUUACCUUCAGGAACAAGGCUAUUAUGGCGAUGAAUCUCAAAAACAUUCGUUUUUGGGCUAUGACGAACCCGAUCCCGUACCUUAUGGUGAAGGUCCUUGUCGUGGAAAAGCGUCGAUUGAUCCGCAUGCUCACCAACUUCAUCAUCAUCCGAAGCUACACAAAGGGGGUAGACCAAGACGAAAGGAUUCACUUCAAAUGGAUUUUGAGGAGGGUUACAUUGAUGGCCAUCCUCAUAAGCAACCAUAUCCUUGUGGUGCUUCAAGUCAAAUAUAUCAUCCUGGACAACCAGCCGAUUUUCAAGGGGAGUUAAUUCCCAAGCGAGGACGUCACCGGAAAGACGAGUCCAGCGGAAAAAGCCCCAAGGCGUCCACAAAAGAACUACAAGGCAGUCCCAAAAGAUCCCCCAAGAAGAAAAAGUCCCUCGAGAAGGAAAGGGAUGUGGGGACCAAGAGAAAAACAAAUAAAGUUCAACAUUACGUCGAGCCCGAGCAAGAGCUGAAGUACGUCAUCUCUGAGGCUGAAUAUCAGAAGAGUAUGCUGUUGCCUCAGGAUGGCGGGGAUUGCGGAGCUCGAACCACUCAAUUGUCGGAAAACUUGGACCCUCCUCGACGAUCGGCUGACCGAAAGGGCCACGCCAAAGGCAAAGGGACAAGUCCCAAGAUAUCCAGUGAGGAAAGACGGCGCCAUAAAACGCCCCCUUCGUUUGUGGACCAGGAUUAUUUGCCACGGUCACAACGGAGUCGCCACCAUCCCGGAGCCAGUCAUCGCCAGGAGUCAGAGAGACCUUCGAGAUCGCGCAACCAUCCAGAGGACCCAGGUCAUCAUGGAGGUCGAAGUGGAGGACGUCAUGAUCCUCAUCGACAGACCAUCCGGCGGCAAGCUCAAGUGGCUCUGGAUAUGCAAUCGAGUGACAUCAGUGACGCUUUUGAUGACGAUGGCCUGUUCCACUUUGAAGAGCAACAAAACAUGGGCUACAUGGAAGACAAAUCCGAUUGCAAGCGCAAAUGAACUAGCCAGGAAAUACCCUCCCCAUGUCACCCUAAUUCAAUUGUCUCUGCAGAAGAGGCAUAUCUUUUACUUCAAAAAAGGAUUGCUUACAUACAUUCCAACCUAUGAAUACUGAGAUUUUCCCAAGGCGGCAACCUGUUGGUUUGUCACUAAUUGAUUCAGUUCUGUGAGUCAAAUGUAUAGGAACAUUUCCCUUUAGCUCAAAUAGUAUACUCAAAUUGUAUUUCUACCCGCCUAGCUCAGAUUUAUCAGUCGUUAAUAACAUUCCAAAUCUUUCUCUUUCCAACUCAAGCAACCUAUACCGUACUCAGCUCUAUGAUUUUUGUUAUUUUAGCCUCGUCGUACAAAUAACUCUAGCCCCCAUUGAUAUUUCUCCGUCAUCGAUUUUCAAGAAGCUUCAAUAUAAGCUUCCACGCAUUUCUUAAAAACCACGAUCUAAUAAUUCUGAAGUCAAUCUUUGAAGACAGUCGCUCACUCAUCUACGUAUCGAAGCUUCUAAGUACAGCAACUCUAACCAUUGUGAUACAAGAUCGCUAUUAACACAAUACAACAGACGAUGCCGAACAUAAUAAUAAUAACAAUAAUACCUACAACAACAACGGCAAACUUAUCAACAUUAUUAGGAACAAUAAUUAUGGCGAUGCACAUGUCAACAUUAUAUGAUUUGUUUCUACUUGAGGAAAUAUAUUUAACCUACUAGUGACCUAUCUCUUUGA